AUGACCGCAGACAUAAAUGGCAACCUUCCAAACGAUCCGAUUUUCAGACAGCUACUCAAGGUCGCUAGGGAGGUCACCCAUGUAGUAGUACAUGACCCUUCGAAUGGAGUUGAUGCAGACUAUGCCCAGCUGCUGACGGAUUUGCUCUGCAUGCGAGGGGCUUUACGGGAGUUUCUUCCGCACUCUCUGUUUGACGACAGGCAUCUUCUUAAUGAGGACACACCCUACGUCUUUGUACUAUCCAAUGGCAACUACGAGUAUAUCAUUGCUGCCUUGUCUAUUCUCUCCAUCGGAGGCGCAGUGGUGCCAAUCUCCACUUGUAUCCUGCCAGAGGAAGCGUUAUAUUUCAUGCAGAAAUGCAAGUCGUCCACUUUCCUGGUCGGUCGAGAAUACCAGGACCUGGGUAACAAGAUCCACGAACACAGCUCUGCCAACGGUCUCCCCAGCACCGUUCUCCCAAUUGAAAUGAAUGCAUCUCCAAUUAUUGAUCCCAAGAGCCCACUCAUUACUUUAACUCCCGGAAUGGAGAUAUCGCCGCAUCGCCCCGGCAUAGUCUUCUUCACAUCCGGCACCACAGGUCCACCAAAAGGCGUGGUGCACGCUCGAAGGAUGUUCUACGAGAUGCAUCGAGUCAGCGGCCCUGGUCACAUAUUUCUGAGCCAUCACCCCGCGUUCUGGAUUGGCGGUGCCCUGCCACUCCUCCGACAGCCUCUCGCAGGAGCACGCGUCGAGGUCAUCCCUUCUGAUCCUGUGGUGGUCUGGGAACGGCUCCGGGCAGGCGGAGUGACGCUUUUUACGGGCCCACCGCACUUCUGGACCUUGAUUAUGCAGCAUUUUCAAAACCACCUCGCCAGUCUCCCAGCUGAUAAAGUGAGCGCAUACAUCCGAGGAGCCCAGAACCUUCAAGUGGCGUAUGUGAGUGGCGCGAUGCCACAUGGCCCGCUACGUCGGUUUUGGCGAGAGGAAAUGGGUCGGCCGUUGCAGGUUUCGUAUGGGGCAACGGAGCUGGGUGACUAUGGUUUAUCAAUUCAUCCCGAAACGGAUGUUACUCUGGAGCGCUGCGUAGGAAGACCAGACCCGAAUAUAACGGUCCGCCUGUCAGACGGUGAUCAUGGAGAGAUGAUGAUCAAAAGUGAAGCGCUGUUUUCCGGCUAUCUAGCCGAUGAAGCAGCCACUCGGACAGUUUUUACUGAGGACGGCUUCUACCGGACUGGAGAUCUUGCUCGCCGAGUAGGAGAAGACUAUGUCCUCGAAGGACGAGCAUCUCACGAGUUCAUCAGGUUCCUGGGCUACAAAGUCCCCAUACUGGAAGUUGAAAUGCGCCUUCUAGAGCUCCCAUUUAUCUCAGAGGGCUGUAUCCUCAGCGUCCUUGAUGAGGACAACAACGGCCUAGAAGCAGCCCUUGUUCGGUUACAGCCCGGCACGGAUCAGCUAUCUCUCAAGGCUCUACGCGAGCACCUUGCGGCCAACCUACCGAUGUAUAUGCUUCCAGCGAUGCUCCGAAUUCUCCGGGAUGGGGAAGAAAUCCCCCGGACUCCAUCAUUAAAGGUUCUGCGCCGGGACACAGUAAAGAAAUACUUUACACGUUCGGAGAAGCAGGAGCUGCCCUCGGAUGUCGAGCAAUGGGAUUUCCAGCGUGAUCGAGACACACUGGCGCCGAGGGCAUGGGAUUGGUGUGGAUUACAGGAAUGA